CUGUCUCCGUUUACCGGUAAAUUGGGCAGACCGGGACGGAGAGGCGGAUAAUUUUGGCCUCCUGCCACCACACCGUGAGCUCGCUCUGUGACCGCCGCCGGCGACAGCUCAGUGGCGCCCUCUGAGGCUGGGGAGGAGCUCGCUCGCGCAGGAGCGGCUGUCGGGACCGCCGCCACCGCCGGAACGAUGCUGCUCAGACUGGGUUCGGCCGCCGCCCGGUCCGCGAGUCUGCUGCUCCAGCGACGUGCUCACAGGUGCUCGAGGUCGCCAUUAGCACGCGACAUGUCCGGCUCGGCGCGCGUCUGGGUGCUGGCCGCGCGGCCCGAGGGAGCCGCCAAGGCCUCAGACUUCCAGCUGAGGGACGAACCGCUGGCCGAGCCGCAGGAGGGCGAGGUGCUGGUAGAAGCCGAGUUCCUCAGCGUGGACCCGUUCAUGCGCGCGUUCGCCUCGCAGCUGCCGCUCAACGAGCCCAUGCCCGGCACCCAGGUGGCCAGGGUGGUCCAGUCCCGCAGUGAGCAGCUCCAGGAGGGCCAGCGGGUGCUGGUGGCCGCCGGAUGGAGGGAGCGCUCCGUGGUGCCGGCGGCCGGCCGGCCGGGCGGCGCUCCCGUCAUCCCACUGCCGGCCGAGGCGCCCGUCAGCCACUCCCACUACCUGGGCGUGGUGGGUAUGACCGGGCUGACGGCCUACUGCGCCGUGCACGACCUGCUGCGACCGCGCGCCGGCGACACGCUAGUCGUCAACGCCGCCGCCGGCGCCGUCGGAUCCGUCGUCGGACAGCUCGGGAAGCUGCUCGGCGCGCGCGUCAUCGGCUACGCCGGCGAUCAGGAGAAGGUGGACUGGCUCAAGUCGACGCUGAAGCUGGACGAGGCGUUCAACUACAAGACGCAGGACCUGGCCGAGACGCUGCGCGCGGCCGCGCCCGACGGCGUCAACUGCUACUUUGACGCCGUGGGCGGCAAGUUCUCCCAGACGGUGGUUCGGCACAUGGCGGAUGGCGGGAGGAUCGCCUGCAUCGGCGCCAGCAGCGGCUACAACAGCGCCGCGCCGCCCACCACCGGGCCUUUCCCUGAGAUCAGCAUCAUCACCAAGCAGCUGACCAUCUCGGGCUUCCAGUACUUCGCGCAGGACCUGACCUCCGAGAAGAUGCAGAAGGCGCGCGCCGAGCUGGCCCAGCUGGUGGCUGACGGAAAGCUGGAGGCCAGGCAGACGUUCACUGACGGGUUCGAGAACAUGGCGCAGGCCCUGCUGGACAUGAUGGACGGCAAGAACACGGGGAAGAUGGUGGUGCGCGUCUGAGACGCCCGUGGAGCAGCGGUGUCCUUCGCGCGGGGGCGCGGCUAAACAGGGUAGGGAUCUCGGCGGGGAUUCUGUCACACAGCACUGUCACUGAACUUGUGCGAUGGAUCGGUUCUAUUUUCAUACACGAUUCUCAGAUGGUAGGUAUAGUGAUCCGACUCGAUGACAAGGUUUUGGGAAUAUGAGUUUCUGCUGUCCUGUGUUAUCGAGUGCGACUUUUCUAUAAACAGCGUGUACCCA